AUGCAUGCUGCUGACCAGAUUGAUGUCGAGCUAGAUGAUGGCAUGACUGUGAUGGUCAAGCAAAAGCCGCGGGACAUCCCGGCGACGCGCAUGGGCGUGGGGGCCUGUCUGUGGGAGGGCGAGCUGCUGCUGGCUGCAUAUCUUGCCGCCCAGCCGCGCCACCGGUACAUCGGGCAGCGGGCGGUCGAGCUCGGCUCAGGGCCCGGACUGGCCGGCCUCAUGCUGGCAAUGCUGGGAGCGCAGGUGGUCAUCACCGAUAAGGAUGUGGUGCUGCCCCUUAUUCAGGAAAACAUUGAGCUCAACGGCCUCCCUUCGACGCCUGGCACAAGCAAGCAUUGCGGCGGCAGCGCGAUGGCCGAGGAGCUUGAGUGGGGCAGGGAGGGCUACAUGGGGCGCGUGGCGGCACUCGCGUCAACGCCAGUGGACCUGGUGCUGGCUGCUGACGUGACAUACGUUGACCAAGAUGGGCAGAGCCCCAGCACUGAGCAUUUUGUGCAGACAUGCAAAGGCCUUUGUGGCCCCCAGACAGUCUGCCUGGUGUCAUUCGAGCUGCGCAGCUCCCAAGUGAAGGAGGUGUUCUUGCGCGAGUCGGGGCGCGAGUUCUCACGCGUGGAGCGGCUGUCCAAAUCUGCACUGCCAAAGUGCUAUCAGGUGGAGCACAUAGAGCUGUACAAGCUGCAAGCAGUGGAGGCCCCUUCGUCGCAGCAGCUGCUGGAGCUUGGCGAGCGCGUGCGCGCAGAAGUGCCGGUGCUGCACCAGCUCGUGCAUGGCCAUGACCUGGUUUACCUCGACAACGCCGCGACUUCCCAGAAGCCGCGCGCUGUGCUGGACGCCAUGAACGCCUACUAUGAGGAGUACAACUCCAAUGUGCACCGCGGCGUGCACUCGCUCAGCGCGCGCGCGACCGACGCGUACGAGGCGGCGCGCCACAAGGUCGCCGCGUUCGUCAACGCCGCGACGGACCGCGAAAUCGUGUUCACUCGCAACGCAAGCGAGGCAAUCAACUUGGUGGCGUACACCUGGGGCCUCAACAACCUCAAAGCGGGGGACGAGAUCAUCUUGUCGGUGGCAGAGCACCACAGCAACCUGGUGCCAUGGCAGUUGGUGGCGGAGCGGACAGGCGCGGUGCUCAAACACAUCGGGCUGACUGCGCAGCAGGAGCUGGAUGUGGAGCAACUCAAGUCGAUGGUGAACUCCCGCACCAAGCUGAUCUCGCUCCCUCACGUUUCCAACACCCUUGGAUGCGUUCUGGACGUCCCGGCCGUCGUCGCCGCGGCGCGGUCAGUGGGCGCCAAGGUGCUGCUGGACGCCUGCCAGAGCGUGCCCCACAUGCCGGUCGACGUCCAGACGCUGGGCGCCGACUGGAUCGUGGCGAGCUCCCACAAGAUGAUGGGGCCCACCGGCAUCGGCUUCCUUUGGGGCAGGUAUGACCUUCUGGAGUCCAUGCCCCCGUGGAUGGGCGGCGGCGAGAUGAUCCAGGAUGUUUUCUUGGACCACUCCACCUACGCCGCGCCGCCCAUGCGCUUCGAGGCCGGCACGCCCGCCAUUGCGGAGGCCAUCGGCCUGGGCGCGGCCUGCGACUACCUGAGCAGCAUUGGCAUGGACACGGUGCACGCCUAUGAGGACGACAUUGGCACAUACCUGUACAACCAGCUGGCUGCCGUCCCCAAGGUCACCAUCUACGGCCCGCCCCCAACUGCCCCCCGCGGCCGCGCCGCCCUCGCUGCCUUCAAUGUCGAGGGCCUCCACGCGACGGACGUGUCGACGCUGCUGGACAACGCCGGCGUCGCUGUGCGGUCUGGCCACCACUGCACGCAGCCGCUGCACCGGUUCCUGGGUGUGCCUGCAAGCGCACGGGCAAGCUGCUCGGUGUACACCACUCGCGCGGACGUGGAUGCAUUCAUAGCCGCCCUCAAGGACACAAUUGCAUUCUUCGAGGAAGUGGGCAGCAUGUGA